UGGUACGAUCUUCAGGGCGAUUUCAUUUCUCCCUGAAAAUACUGGUAAUUCACUCCAUUUUUCUCCUUCAAUUUUCCCUUCCAUUUUCUUCUUCAUCAUCAAUUUCAUUCCCACCCGAUUCACCGAUCGAUCAAGAUGAUUAUUACCGUGAAGGAUUCGACUAUGGUGACUCCGGCGGAGGAGACGCCGCAUCGGAGCCUCUGGAAUUCCAGCAUCGAUCUCGUGAUUCCAAGUAUGCACACGCCGAGUGUCUACUUCUACCGACCUACCGGCGCCUCUAAUUUCUUCGACGCUCAAGUUCUAAAGGAAGGUCUAAGCAAGGCGCUGGUUCCGUUUUAUCCAAUGGCUGGACGGUUGAGACGCGAUGAAGACGGUCGAAUCGAGAUCGACUGUAGUGCCGAAGGUGUGCUUUUUGUUGAGGCUGAGACCACGGCGGUUAUUGAUGAUUUUGGUGAUUUUGCGCCGACGUUGCAGCUCCGGCAGCUUAUUCCGGCCGUCGAUUACUCCGGUGGAAUUGAGUCGUAUCCGUUGCUGGUGUUACAGGUGACACACUUCAAAUGCGGCGGUGUUUCGCUCGGCGUUGGAAUGCAGCACCAUGUGGCGGACGGCUUCUCCGGUCUCCACUUCGUCAACACUUGGUCCGACAUGUCGCGUGGCCUCGACCUCAAAGUCCAGCCUUACAUCGACCGGACCCUCCUCCGCGCACGGGACCCACCUCAACCGACCUUCCGACACGUCGAAUAUGAACCGGCCCCAUCCAUGAAAAGCCCGGUCCAACCCGACCCGGAAGGAACCACAGUCUCCAUUUUCAAAUUCACCCGGGAGCAGCUUAAUUUACUCAAAGCCAAAUCCAAAGAAAACGGCAACACCACCAACUACAGCUCCUACGAGAUGCUCUCCGGCCACGUAUGGCGGUGCACGUGCAAGGCGCGUGACCUUCCAGAGGAUCAAGACACUAAGCUCUACGUCGCCACCGAUGGCCGUGCCCGGUUGCGCCCGCCGCUCCCUAACGGCUACUUCGGCAACGUCAUUUUCACAGCGACGCCGCUCACCGUCGCCGGCGAACUAAUGUCGAAUCCGACGUGGUUCGCCGCUGGCAAGAUCCACGACGCGUUGAUUCGGAUGGACAACGAUUAUUUGAGAUCGGCUUUGGAUUAUCUCGAGGUUCAGCCGAACAUAUCGGCGUUGGUCCGUGGUGCUCAUACUUACCGGUGCCCUAAUUUGGGGAUCACGAGCUGGGUCCGGCUGCCGAUUCACGACGCCGAUUUUGGGUGGGGCCGGCCGAUUUUUAUGGGCCCUGGCGGAAUCGCAUUCGAGGGAUUGUCGUUUAUAAUCCCGAGUGCUUCCGACGAUGGCAGCUUGUCGGUGGCGAUUUCGCUGCAAAAUCAACAUAUGAAGGUGUUUGAGAAGCUGUUCUUUGAUAUUUGAGGAAGUUGGGUGACGGAGUGUAACAGAGAUCGGUGGUUUUUUUCCCGGCACGGCCGAGGAAGUUUGCCGGGAUGGUCUUUUUUUUUCCUCUCCCCUAUCUCCUUUAUUUUUUUCGUACUUUUUACUUUUUACUUUUUCUUUUUCUAUGUUCUUUUGGGCUUUUUCAGUUGUAGUUUAAUCAAAUAUCGUUUCUUCCAGAUACGUGUAGUUGUUUAAUUGUAAAGACCUUCCAGUUAAGUAAUGAUAUACCGUGAAUGCAGAUGUGGAAUUAAUUUAGUCCUUAAAUUA